CGCCUGUUAUUGUUUCUGCUCCCUCGAGCCGCCUCUGUCGCGGGCCUCAGGACGCCUUGAGCCCCUUUAAAGACUCCCUCCCCGCGAAAUAGAGGGGAACCGAAAGGGAAGGCGCUUGCGCGGACGCGAAAGGCCGGCGUGGGAGGGUGUCGGCGAGAACUGUCAAGAGGAAGGAGGCAGUUGGAAGGAGUGGUUGGUCGCCAACGGUUUCGAACCUUCCGUAGUCUCGAGCCCUGACACCGAGGGCCGGGGGGGUGGGCACAACGCCGUGUCAGUGAGGAGCGAGUAGCCUAAAAGGAGGAGGCGGCGGCCGCAGAGAUUGGAAGGACAUGGCCUACGCGUAUCUCUUCAAAUAUAUCAUAAUCGGGGACACAGGUGUUGGAAAAUCAUGUUUAUUGUUGCAGUUUACAGAUAAAAGGUUUCAACCAGUGCAUGACCUUACUAUAGGUGUAGAAUUUGGUGCUCGAAUGAUAACCAUUGAUGGGAAACAGAUAAAACUUCAGAUAUGGGAUACAGCUGGACAAGAAUCCUUCCGUUCCAUCACAAGGUCAUACUACAGAGGAGCAGCAGGGGCUUUACUAGUGUAUGACAUUACAAGGAGGGAUACUUUCAACCAUUUGACAACAUGGUUAGAAGAUGCUCGUCAACAUUCCAAUUCUAAUAUGGUCAUUAUGCUCAUUGGAAAUAAAAGCGAUCUAGAGUCUAGAAGAGAAGUGAAAAAAGAAGAAGGUGAAGCAUUUGCACGAGAGCAUGGGCUUAUCUUCAUGGAGACCUCUGCCAAAACUGCCUCAAAUGUUGAAGAGGCAUUUAUUAAUACAGCAAAGGAAAUCUAUGAGAAAAUACAGGAAGGCGUCUUUGACAUUAAUAAUGAGGCAAAUGGCAUUAAAAUCGGCCCUCAGCAUGCUGCUACUAAUGCAACACUUGCAGGCAAUCAGGGAGGACAACAGGCUGGCGGAGGCUGCUGUUGAACAUAUUUUUACUUCCUAGCUGCCUGAUGGGGCCUACUAACUUGUUUCACCCUUCCCUGCUCAAUUUCAACUACGACAUGAAAUUAUUGUAAGAUGGCAUCAUGUUGCAGAAGACUUUAUUCUUCAAAUUCUUGUACAACUUUGAAUAAAUGGUUAAUGUUCACUUAAAGACAGGUUUUGGAGAUUGUAUUCAUAUCUAUAUUUCCAUUUACUUUCCAAGUCAAUUGAUGUGAUUAUUUUUGUUAAAUGUGUGUUGUCUUGUGCCCUUGCCUACGAACUGUAUUAAACACUACAACAUCAUCUAUUUUAAUCAGUUUGUGUAUUUAGGUUACCUGACUACUGUGGUUACCUAAUGUUUAAUAUUGUAGAACUGUCCUCAACUUUUGUCCAUUUUCAAGGCUCUGAAGAAAAAAGGACUCAAUUCUGUAUUUAUCAUUUAUUUCUGUAUAUAUAGUUUAAUAACCUGCUUGGGUGUAUUUGCCAAGCUUUAAUUCUUUAAUGCAUUUGCAUAAAUUCUAUACAUCUAGAGCUUGGAACUACAGAAGCAUUGUUAGAAAUGGCUUAGAUGCUGUAUUUUAAAUCUUAUUGACAAGUUAGCAUGUUUGUCCUCUUGUCAUUAUCCUAGAGUCCAAAAAAGAAAAAAAAUGCUUUAUGUAUAUUAUUACAAGCUACAUAUGCGUUACCUAUUUUAAUGCCAAAUGUUUGCUAUUUGCUGACAACUUUCACAGCACCUCUUCAGAAAUGGAUUAGCUGUAUGCCUUAAUUAUGUAGGUUAAAACAUAUAAUUAAUGAAAAAUACAGGAAGCAUUGAAACUCAUGAAAAGGUAUAUUAUGAGACUUUAAUAUUUCUUAAAACAUUAUUUUCUUCCAUCUCUAGGUAUAUUUUCAUCAAGGACAGUUUUUCAACGUAGAUGUACAGUGACUGUAAUUUUUUUUUUUAAUUUUGGAUUUUUUCCCUUUUUUUGUGACAACUUGUAAUCUUAAUAUGGUCAGCAUCUUGUCUAUUGUGAAGGGGGUGUGACAAUAAAACUGCCAGAUUGAAAAUCCUGACAAAAACAAAAA